CGUCACAUCAGCUCAUCGUUGCGAGCACACUUACCAGGUCGUCACAAAUAUGACAUAUUUGCCAGGUCGGCUUACUCGUGACAAUUCGUUUACAAUUGUAGAUCGUUUACUAAAAUCUCCCAAGAUUCAGCUCGUCACAGACCAAGGUGUACCUGAGAUCGCCCUAUUUAACAGCACUACCCGUGUUGCCUCCAAAAUUUCAGCUCGCUGUCAUGGCAAAAGAGCAUCAUCUGGCCGCACUCCGGAAAUAAUCAAGGGUCAGGUCACCACACGCCCUCCAGCAGUUACGUUAACGCGGACAAGCUCGCUGGAAAUGGCGUUAUGUACAUGGCCGCUCCCUAUGCGAGCUCAACUAUGGUUCGCGAGCUCGCCCCUUUUCGUAUUACCUUUCAGCUCGGCCAUCGACAAGGUCGGCCGUAAGCUGUUAAAGCUGCCCAACAGGCCCAACACCCAAACAGGGCUGUGCAUAACGGGCCUAGGUUACCACCAAUUAGUCCAAGCUGAAGGAGCAUCAGUACAAGCAUACCCACGUGACCAGCGCCACGUGGGCCAAGGGAUGCUUACACAUGCUGAUGUGUGUCAGCACCAAGGGGCUAUAAAUACUCCCCAACUACCUCCGAUGAAGUGUUGGAUUGCGAAACUGCCCAAACAUCUUUUAUUCUCAAUCCCAUGCUUUUACCUCCUCUUCUACCAUUACAACAUCGAACAAGAGUUGAAGAGAUCGAUUCUUAUCAAUGCUGGAGUCAGUCUUGCCGGCAUCUUUGUUACUCUCGAGAUGAUACCCGUGGCUUCUAGAUAUGUUCUGAGCCGCAGCUUGUUUGGGGUUUUGAUUCAUUUGGGGAACUGGGUGUAUGUUGGUUUUGCAAUUCCAUUUCGAUUAAUAAACUGGGCAUCAUCUUCUUGGUCUUGGCAAUCGUGUUCCAGUAUUUUAACUUCACAGCAGAUUCAAACUUCUAGGGUAUCUACAAGAAAGUUUCAGAAAAUUGAAAAACUACUGAUGCCUGAUACCAAUUUUGAGUGGCUUGUCGAGUGCAAUGCAGCAUUGGCAUCUAUCUGCUUCAUGACUUUGCUUGGAUUUGUAGAUGACGUCCUGGAUGUUCCUUGGAGAGUGAAACUACUACUGCCAUCAUUUGCCACUCUUCCCCUAUUGAUGGCAUAUGCUGGACAUACAACCAUCAUUAUUCCAAAGCCUCUAAUUCCAUAUGUUGGGCUAGAGGUGUUGGAUCUAGAUGGAAUUCCUUUCCUCUCCAAUUGGUUAUUUGCUCUCUUCCAGGACGUAGUUGAUGGAUCUAUAAAUUAUAUAUGGCACUUCUGGCAGUCUUCUGCACGAAUUUCAUUUCAUGCUGGUUUGAAUGGUCUUGAAGUUGGGCAAACAGUUGUCAUUGCAUUUGCUAUUAUGGUACAUAAUAUCAUGCAAAUUGGAGCAUUUUCAAACCCUGAGUGUCAACAUGCCCAUGCGUUCUCUAUUUAUCUUGUUCAACCCCUAUUGGCCACCUCCUUGGCUUUGCUUUCUUACAACUGGUAUCCUUCCUCCGUCUUUGUUGGUGAUACAUACAGUGUCUUCGCUGGAAUGACCAUGGCUGUUAUUGGGAUUCUAGGACAUUAUAGUUGUAUUCUUUGCACUUUUCAAUAUAUAUAUAUUUUCCCUUUCCACCCCAAAGCACCCUCUGGUAGAGAGAGAUUGAUUCACAAAUCAAAAACUACUCAAGGGGUGUUCGCGGUGUGACAAUGUUUUUAAACUCGAAUUAAAAGUCAAACCGUUUUAACUUUUGGUUUAUGAUUUGAUCGGUUUAAUUAAUUUGAUUGAUUUAA